CUGAUCCAUCUUCUGAGACUACAAAAUCCACGUUAGGUUUUGCAUUGGGGUCACUUUGAAGAGCAUUAAUAGCCUCUGUAGAAAGGCGAAGCAACAUUCCAUGCUUGGGCCUUGAGUACAUGGGAUCUCCAGGCCUUGACUGGCCUUGGAGAGUGUACGUAGCAUUAGGCAGAGGCAUAGCCAAAAGUCAAGAAGCAAGAAGCAAGUUGAGCGCCAACUUCAAGGACAAGAGACUAUAGAGUGAUCAUAGCCACGCAGUGCCGGCCCGUCGCCCGGCUCGAGUCCUUGAUAUUUUAAUUGUUGUUUUCCUUUUUGUUUCCGUUUGCUUCCGUCUGUUUGUUGUUCACGGCCCCGACAACAAUGGCCUUCAGAGCCUCAAGAAGUCGUUGUGAACCGGUUGGUACCGGGAUCACCGAGCAAAAAUGUUGUAUUCAUUUAUACCUUGGGUGUAAAUCAACAUUGAUCAAUCUAGUCAUCACGACACUUCUUUCUUUCUACUAUGUACUGUGUUAGGACCCUCCUCGGGCUCCUUGCUCUAUUUGCAACAACCGCUGCUUUCGAGGACUCUGUUACAGACUAUGCGCCUGCUGUAAACAUUCCUUGUCCGGACCUUUCCACCACAGAUUUUGUCCGUGAAUGGACGGCGUCGAACCAGACUAUCAAUCGUAAAGAAGUAGACUAUGUUGAGACACGAAUGAAUUCGACCAUCGCGCAGGCGUGGAUUGACUGGCUUGGUAACGGCUCUCAGCUAGGGUAUAACUCGACUGCCUUCCAGGGUAACUUUCCCAAGAUCGGCAUUGCAAUUCCUGGAGGGGGUCUUCGAGCUGCUCAGUACGGCGCAGCUGCCUUGAGUGGUCUUGAUGCUCGGAACAGCUCUGCCAAGGCUGCAGGUACCGGUGGUUUGCUCCAGGUUUCCUCGUAUCUAUCCGGGCUAUCUGGGGGAUCAUGGAUAACAGGUUCCUUGUUUUUUAACAACUUCCCCACUCUGGGGGAGCUUGUGUUUGGAAACGGAAACAAUCUUACUGGAUGGCUUCUUGAUAUCGCGUUUGCUACACCUGAUGGAGACGAUGUAUUUUCUGAAUACAAUCAAUACUUUUUCGGGAGUAUCCUCUGGAGUGUAAUGUCGAAAGCUGACACUGGAAUCGACACAUCCAUCACGGACCCUUGGGCACGAAUGAUUUCCUUCCAUUUUCUGAACCAAACCAAUCGCCAAAACUUCUUCACGAAUGACACUGCUCAUGGUGCUGGCCAACUUUGGUCCAACAUUCCAACUAUCCCUGCCUGGCAGCAAUAUGAAACCCCCUUCCCAAUACUUGUGACAGAUUCCCGACCUCAGAAUUUAAACACAACUACUGCGCUCACUUUGGACCCCACCGUAUAUGAGAUCACACCUUUCGAAUUUGCCUCGUAUGAUCCCGACUUGAGUGCGGGAGUCAAUCUCACCUUCGCCGGCACGCCGAUGACAAACAAGAAGCCUGUGAAUGCAACCGCCUGUGUCACUGGAUUCGACCAGGCUGGUUUCAUGAUGGGCACAAGCGCCUCUUUGUUCAACCAAAUUCUGGACUUUGCGCACAACACGCUACAAGGUUUCUCUCAAUCUGACGGAAACGGGUUGUUGUAUGUUUUAUCCCGGCAACUGUCAGAAGUUCGUACGCGUGCAGACGACGUGGCUAAUUGGCCGAAUCCUUUCAACGGCGUCAAAACUGCGACCUACGACGACGCCAAUUCCACUUGGCUGUCCUUGAUCGAUGGUGCUUCUAACGGUGAAAACAUUCCGUUGGGGCCCCUCUUUGUGAGAACCAGAGCUUUAGAUGUCAUUGUGACUCUGGACGGCAGUGCCGAUGAUUCCAAUAACUGGCCCAAUGGCACUGGUUUGUUGAUCAGUGCUGAGCGUCAGUCAACUAUUCUAGAAGCAUCACAUCAACAAAUGCCGCCCCUACCACAAAAUGCACAGGCUUUCGUCGAUACUGGCGCUCGAGAGCGAACUACAUUUUUCGGUUGUGAUCCUACACAGAACCCUCCCGAAUUUCCGCUCGUGAUUUAUAUUCCCAAUAUGCCACCGUUCAAUGGCGAUGACCCAACGGCAAACACCGGUACGUUCCAACUGCAAUACACUCCCAAACAGCAACAAGUACUAUUCGACCAAAUACACAAUAAUACCAUUUCUGGUUUCGUGCCAAAUACCAACGACGCUGAUCCUGAUUUCGGUAAAUGUCUGCAAUGUGCUGCUGUCGAUCGCGCGCGGUACAAGAUCUCUCCAGUAGUGAAUCGGUCAGACUUUUGCCAGACGUGCUUUACACAGUACUGCUUCGACCCCCAGAACCCUCCCAGUCUUUCGGAGGUCCCUAAUCGAAAACAGAUAUUCGUAGACCCGGACCCGCAAGGAUUGGAAAAUUUCUUGUCCGAGAACAAGAGCAAACUCAUCGGUGGUGUUGUGGGUCUUGUUGUAUUCAUUGGGUUAUUAAUCGGCGGACUAAUCUGGUGGAAGAAGCGAAGAGAUCGCCAAUUCGUUGCCCAAUAUCAGCAAGUCAGUGCUUUGCACGAAGAAGAGGAGCUGAAUCUCAAGAGAUAUUCUCAAUAUGUUCGGCCUGAAUCAUACGAAAUGCCUGCUCAUCGUGGAUCGCUUUACUCUGAUUCUUAGCUUCAUGAAAACAGGCUCUUCGAAUUUCGUGUUUACAUAGUACAUAUUUUGGGUUCGUGCUGGAACACUCAUUCUCUUUAUUUCACGCUUUUUUCAUGGACUUAUUGACGAACUCUCUAUGUAUUGAAACGCAUACCUACCUGCAUACGCUGAGCUAGUGCUUUGAGUGGCUUAUCACUCGUAAUGUCAUCUAAUAAUACUGUACAUUGCCACAAUUUACAAAUCAAAUCGAAAGCGAUGAAAAUCCAUGGCCA